GUGUCACCAGGGUUUGAUGGCCGCUGUCCAGCUGUGGUCCUGCAGGGAGGAGCGGCCAGCCCAGAGCGACCUCCUCUCCCCCGGGGAGCGCGCCUACAGUGACAGCGCCGCUGGGAAACAGCGCUGGCCAUCGGCCCCAGCUCCCUCCCGUGUGAGGCUGCAACGAAGCUCGGGCAAGAUGUGCAGUGCAAAAAGUAAAACAUUGGCGUUUACUGGAGUGCUUCUCGGCUGCCUGGAAAUGGUAUUUUCAGCAAACACAGCUCCAGAUACACCUGUUAUUGACCAAGCUUAUUCAAAACUUAGCAACAGUAUCACAGUGGAAUGGAGAGCAGUACCUGGGGCUAAUAAUUACAUGCUGACUGCACAAGAUGGAGAUUCCUUUGUUGAAACUAUAGUAAAAAAUUCUCCAGGCACAGUGACGGGACUGAAGCCUGCCACCUUGUACCGAAUCACAGUCAGAUCUAUAAAUUCGGGAGGAAAAAGCCAGCCUUCAUCUUUCAGAAAAGUAAAAACAGUCUUGGCUGCUCCGAUUCUGUCUGUUCAUUCUCCGAGUUGUGACUCCAUUGCAGUGAGCUGGAAAGCUGUGCAUAUGGCAGCUGGAUUCUCUGUGUCACUCAUGAGGUCAGAUGGUUUGGGCAGAAAGCUGAAGCAGAACACCACCAAUACUUCCUUGAUAUUUACAAAUCUAGAUCCAGGAACUCUGUAUACUAUCAGGGCUUUCGCCUGGAAUGCCAAUGGGAUGCCUGGAGAUGAUUUCACAUACAACCAAAGAACAAGUCCUAACACACCAGUGGAUGUUAAAGUAGCUUUCAAUAGUGGUGCUUUAAGAGCUGUUGUCUCUUGGAUGCCAUCAGAAGGAGCUCUAACUUACAGUGUCACAGUCUCCAGUGGACUCCUGAAACUGAGGUGUAACACAUCUUCUGCCUCCUGCAUGGUGCCAUCCCUCCAGUGCGGCUCUGAAUAUUAUGUGUCUGUCACAGCAUACAAUGAUGCUGGAUCCAGUGAACCUACUGAUGCAGUAAGCUUAAAGACUAUUCCUUGUGCACCAGUAAACAUAUCAAUUGAGGAGGAUGAACAUGGUCACUUGCUGGUUUCAUGGUCUAGCGUCAGUUUGGGUCAUUAUUAUGUGGUCUUUGUGAAGAGUGAUGAUGGCUUGGAAGUGCACUGCAACACAUCAUAUACUCAAUGCCAUUUCCAGUCAGACUGUGGUUUCACUUAUUUCAUUAGUAUCUUUGCAUAUAACAAGGCUGGGCAGAGUCCUUUAGGUGAUGUAUUCAAUUACACUACUGCUCCUUGUUGCCCCAGUGACUUCAGGACCGUGUUCAUGUCAAGCGACACGGUGCGGGUCACCUGGGCUCCUGUGCGAGGCGCUGACCUGUACGAGACCCGAGCAGCCAGCGGCCGCGGUGUGCUGCUCUGCAGGGACACGGCCACGGCCUGCACCCUGUCGGCUCUGCAGUGCAGCACCCCCUACAACAUCACCGUGUUCUCCUUCAGCGAGGCCCGCGGCAGCAACACCUCGUGUGCGCCUCAGUACGUGGCAACAGCUCCCUGCAGUCCUGAAAUAAAAAAUAUUUCAAAGGAGGGUCUAUCUGUAAUCAGUGUGCAGUGGCAACCUAACAAUGAAGAAGCUACAUAUGUUGUCACUGCCAGAGGAGAGGCUGGACUUUGGCAUUGCACAAGCACCAGGAAUUCCUGUACCCUAAUGGAUCUUCCCUGUGGAUCUGCUUUCUCUGUAAGUGCUAUAGCAAGAUCACCAGCAGGACAGAGCUUGCCAAGCUACAGUAUCCCUUUAGAGACAGCUCCUUGUUGCCCUAAUGACCUCAUACUAACUCAAGUGACACAGUCGGUAACCAAUAUCAGCUGGUCUGUUGGGAGAGGUGCACAGACAUAUAUAACAAUACUGGAGUCUCCAAAAGGACAGGCAAAGUGUCACACACUUCAGACCUACUGUCUCCUGGGAUGUAUCACAUGUGGCACCAACUAUACAGUGUCUCUGAGAGCCAUUACUGAGACUGGUUUGACAUCCAGCUGCACCUAUCAGGGAUAUUCUUCUAGUGCUUGCUGCCCUUCUGGGGUGAAGCUCUAUAGACUCAGCAACAAUGGCAUCAGGGUGUUCUGGCAAGCUUCUGAAGAAACAAUAAACUACAACGCUAAUUUACAUGGUUCAAAGGGCAAUUUCAGCUGUACCCCCAGCUCAGGUCUGAGUCACUGUGACAUCACUAAGAUACCUUGUGGGGAUGUCUACACCGUGGUGGUAGCUCCAGUGACUGACAAGGGGCCAAAACUCGUAUUUUGUCCCAAGAAAAUAUAUUCAGUCACCUGUUCUGGAAGCUCUGUUGGAAUGGUUAUUUAUAGAGGAAAGAGCAAUGCAAAACACAUGUAGAUGAAAUUCUGGUUCAGAUAAGGAGGUAAGUUUUAAGAAUUGCAAUUCAUAUUAGAAUGGAUGAAUCCAACUUUUCCUGCUGAUUAAAUCUUUGUGAUAAGAGGAAAAUGCCUCACCAGUCCUGUAUAUCAUAAACCUAAGUGGUUUGUUAAAAUCCAUAUUUACAUCUGAAAUCUCUUGUUUAUUUCUGCUUGCACUACUGAUUUGUCCUCUCCUCCAUUUAUAACCUUUUUUCACUUCACUAAGCCUUCACUUUACUAUGCUACAGUUCUGCAAAAAAGCCCUUAAAAUCCAAACAGAUAAAAAUACUCUUCAGCACUCAUUUACUUUCUCCUGGUGUUCUGUACUAUUUUCUGCUCGUCUCAGAGGGAUGGCAAGAAAUCACUUGACUUUUUCCCCCUAAGGCUGAUCUCAUUUUUGCUGCUGUUCACCUACUGCUAUCCUGGAUGUUAAGGUUGUUCAUAACACCAUUCUCCCUAAAUGUUAUUUUCAGUCUUUUUUCGCCUGAAGCUGGGAAGACACAUCUGUGCUUAACUGCAACAUUCACAGCUGCUUAAGGACUGGGAGGAUAGCUGAAGACCUAGCCAUAUCUGAGACCUAAUCCAGGCAAGACCUUCUCUCAAUACUCCACAGUGGUUACUUUUUCUGCCGACUUUGAAAGCGAAGUUUAAGGUCAAUGGUUCUAGAAACACAUGUGUAAUCUAAUACAGUCUUCAGAAGUGCACAUGUAUAAAGGUAUCCAAAGACAACAGUGUUUUUCUUUUUUAGCACUAUUUUCAGCUUAUAAAAACAGACACAAUCCAUUCUGGAAAUUGCUCUUCAGAGAACACAUUAGGUGUUAACUAUCUCAGCCAAUGCUUCUGAUCACUUGCGAAAAAUCUCAUGGGAAUCUCACACUUCAGUAAAUUGCUUGUAGAGGGCCCAGGAAUUCUAUGCUGCUUCUUAAAACAUGAUCUGACUAAAAGUCACAAUCAAACAAGUCUUUCUUUAGGAAACAUUAUUUAAAACUGCCCUGCAUUAGUUAAUAGAAAAUUGGUUUUAUUUCUCACUUAAUAAAAAAAAAAAAAAUUAAACAGCCUUCUUCCUUGAGGGUUUUAUUUCAGUAUUUCUUCUUUGCAGACAUCAUUGCCAAACACUGUCACCACAGUGUGUUUAACUGCAUUUUCAGAGAUCUAAAGCAAUUGGUUUCUCUUGGAACCAAAUUCAAACCCCAAACUACUUCUUUCCACCUAAGCAAUUCUGAUAAUUCCAUGCUCUAAUAGUAACUCUAAUGUCCUUUAAGCCAUUCUAAACUGUUGGUGUAUGUUUUCUUAAUUCUCCCUGGCACACAGACCUUAACACCUAAAUUACACUCUACAAACAACAUUGUAGUACUAUUUUCAUCAGCUCCUCUCCCUUUUGUCACUGAAAAGAAGUGUGACUUUAUCAGAAUAUAUUAUUUGUAUGUCUGUUGGGGAAAAAAAGGCAAAAAGCUGAAGAGGAGUCAUGAUUUCAAGAAAAAAACAUAUUGAUUCAGCUCUAAAAAAGUGUGUAGCAGGUGUAUACAAAAACAAAUAUAGCAAAACAGGGAAGAAAAGCAACACAGUGAAACUGAGCCAUAUACACACCUCCUACUAUGGCAGUGUGUAACCUCAAUGUGUUGUUAUUCAGGCAUUAGACAGUGUCUAAUAGUUAACACCACUUAUGUGAAAUGGCACUGGCAUUCACUGAGCUGAUUAAAAAAUUUGGUCAAGAUUGGUUGCAUGUUCUCUCCAGACUGAGGUAAACACACUUUUAUGGGUCAUGCAGACUUCAGACCACAGGAAAGGACAAUCAGAUGUCAUGCUUUUAUAGAUGCUGUUUCUGUACUAUUUACUCCUAUGAAGCUCUGGACUUCAUGAAGCAAAAAACCCUCAUUCAAUUCAAAUAACCAACCAACCAACAAAAGUCCUACCAAAAUCCCCAAGCAACCCAACCCCACAACUUCUUGAAAGAAGAACCAAGAAAAUUCCUGUUGAAGGCCUGGAGGUAGGCAGCAUACAGAUAUGCUAAAAUGGAUGUUUUCUGAGCAGUAUCUGUGAAAUCAUGUGAACUAACAAAUUAGGUGAUUAAAACCACCUAGGUUAUUUCACAGCAGAUGACUUAAUGCUUACUUAAUAAAAAAAUUAAAUUCAGUGCAUAAUAGUAAAGAUAUAUUGAAAUUACACAAAUAUGAACACUUGCAAAAAAAAAAAAUUGUAUCUGUAUUAUUUAAAAUACACAUUAUUUUUAAUUGCAUCUGACACAGAAGUAAUAGCUCAAAACUUAGAUAGGUUUUCAAUCCACUGAAGGAAAUGACAAAAACCUACCCUUCAACUGAUUUCAGACUUGACCCAAAUUUACUGAGAUUGUGUUCUACCACAUCUAACUAUUGCUGGUGAAGAGUAAAAGAGAUACAAUGACAACCUCAUUGCAAAACAUCAAGAGUGGCACUUGGAUGCUGUUUUACCUUGCCUAACAGUUGGUGGUCAUCCAUACCUAAAGCUACAUGCGCUUCAUAGUGGGGCAAAGGGCCCAAACAUCUAAAGGUUCCCUAAAGAGGGGAACUUGUAUGCUGUAGGAGGCUAUUAAUACUAUUAUUCCAGUACUGAGCAUUGGAGCCACAGGAAAUUUCCAAGACAGAUGAGGCUUCACAAGGAUAGCUAUCCCAGUUAGGCUAUUAUGGACACGUAGCAUAGCAUGGAAACUUCGGGUUCAUAGUGCUUCGGUCAUGGUUAUUUACCCUGAGAACUGAACAGUGAGUGCACAGACUGUGAGAUAACUCUGCAACCACAGUUCCUCCAGCUAAAAUUGGCAGAAAUUUUCUUCUAAUGCCCCCAAGAUGAAUGUCCAGUACAGCUGUACUGCACUGCAACAACAGCACCAGAGUGGGCAGCACCAGUGUCUCCACCAGCUCACCCCUGCUCAUCAGAGCUGCUUUCACAGCCCUGCAGUUCCUUCUGCUUUUUAAGGAAGGGCACACAAAAUAAAAUGGCAUCAGAAAGACAGAAAGCAAUUAAGAGAACCUGGAUACAAACUGAAGAGCUGUAUGACAGUAAAUCCCAAGAAUAAUUUCAGAUAGGUGUCUUGGUUCAAGUGAUUUUCACAGGUCUUGGUUGGCAGUGAAUAUUGUGCUGUCCACUACACUGCUAACUCAAGUACAUAAUAUCGAUAUUAAAUUCAGAGGUCAAAAAGGACUAUUUAUAAAUAGGAAAACAAAAGCACAGUCCUGAAAUUACUGCACUUGUAAAAAGAUACUGGGAUGGGACAGUCUUUGCACAAGCUGUAUUAAAAUGUUCACCAUCGUUGUAGUGAGACAUAACUUGUCCAUAUUCAGGUUAAUGAUUGUCUCUCAAAUACCUGUAUUUUUUCCUGCAAAUAAACCACUCUUUCACAUUGCCCAAUAGUCUCAGAAGAGGAGGAAGAGCCCUGAAGGAACAACUGGAAAUCAGUAAUCCAUUUCCCCUGACAAAACACUGUUUCUGCAGCCUCUCUGCCCAAGAACGUAUUUGUUUCAGAAACUGAAGGUUAAAAACAUGGCCAAAAGCAGCCCUCUAGACACAAACAUGAUAAAUUAAAGUUGUCCUCACUGUUUGGACAGAAUCCAUGCAAUUCCCUGGCAGACUGCAGAGAUAGUUCUAGUAACUCACUAGUCAGGGUAUUUCUUUUCCUAUAUUAAAUGAAAGCUCAGUAUUUUAGCUUUAUGCUGCAAGGGAAUGAAUUUGUUGAAGCUGAAGUUUUGUUUCAAACUCCAAUUUAAAAUCAGGUAACAAAAAUAAGCAGACAACCUUAACAACACAAGUACUAAAAAAUGUUGAUUACUAAGGAUAAUGGUGAUAAAGACUAUUACAGUUCAGAAAACAGGAAGAGUAGGGAGGAAGGAAAAGAAAUUUGCUUCUUGGAAUACUAUGGAAUGAAGUAUACUGUUGGAAGUCAAAACACUGUUUUCCCUGGAUAUUUAAAAUGAAAUAUGCCUAGAUGACCUGCAUCACACAGAAGCAAAAAAAAGGCACAAAUAUUUUAUUUCUACCCUCAGGUUACUUCAUGAUUCCCACUUCAUAUUCUUCCCCUCUUGGGGCUGUGGCUUUUCUUUUGUUUGCUACAUCUAAGUUACUUAUUACAUAAAAUCCCUUAUUCAUACAAAGUGUCAUUUGAUCUGAAAAUAAAAUGUGGAGGAACUGAAGCACUCUUUAACUGGCAAUGAACAUGCAGGGAAAAGCUGACACUCAAUACAAAGGAAUUAAUUGAGAGUUUAUUCCAGAUGGUGCUCCUCACUUAGUAUACAAGUCAUCAAGAAUAAUCUAUGAAAUAGACUUGGACUUUAAUGAUACCAUCUUUUUCUAUAAUGCAUUUUGGUUUUUGCUUCUAACAACCUGUUAAAAAAAAAAUCUGCCAGAUGAAAUGUUCAGCACAAACUGUGAUCUUUACUAUUUGUAGAAAAUAUGAAUUAAAAAAGGACACUAUCAGUUAAUUCUUAUUUUAUAUGUUUACACUUAUAAAAAUGCUUUGGAAGCUUGAAACUGAAA